AUGGGUCUGGUUGGUUCCUUCUUUAUGAUCAACCUAUGCCUCGUGGUCAUCGCCACCCAGUUCUCAGAGACUAAGCAGAGGGAGCACCAGCUGAUGCAGGAGCAGCGAGCACGGUGUUCGUCCUCCUCCACCCUGGCCAGUGAACCUGGGGACUGCUACGAGGAACUCUUCCAGCUGGUUUGCCACAUCCUCCGCAAGGCCAGGAGACAAACUGUUGCCCUUUUCAACACAUUGCGGGGGAAACCCCGCGGCUUUCGGGGCGCCGGAAGAGGUAGAGGAGCAGGAGAAGGAAGGCACAGGAAUGCCAAUGGAAGGGGAGGACAUGAGAGGAGAGCAGUGAGGAGGCACGGUGCAACCUGUCCCCACCAUAAUAAAACUGAUCAUGGCUCACCCGCUGAACCUACGGCACUCAACGCCACUGAAGGCUGCCCACAGUGUGCCGCAGCCCUGUUGCUCACUGAUGGGGUGGGACCAGUUCGCAGUGCAGUAAAUGAUGAAGCAGAGGAGGGAGCGGUGGAGGAAACGGACAGGGAGGGGGUACAUUCUGGUAGUAACGAGAAGGGCAAAAAAGGCCAGGAGGGUGCAGGGAGCCAUGGCGGCUGUAGUCCUAAGAAGCGAUGUAAUGAGCUGUGGCGCGAGACGAGGAGGAAGCUGUGGGGAAUCGUGGAGAGCAAAUACUUCAACCGAGGCAUCAUGAUCGCCAUCUUGAUCAACACCAUCAGCAUGGGCAUUGAGCACCACGAGCAGCCAGAGGAGCUCACUAAUGUUCUGGAGAUCUGCAACAUUGUCUUCACCAGCAUGUUUUCCUUGGAGAUGAUCCUCAAAAUCACUGCAUUUGGCUCCUUCAGCUACCUGAGAAACCCCUACAAUGUCUUUGAUGGAGUCAUUGUCAUCAUAAGUGUAUGUGAGAUCGUCGGCCAGUCCGACGGAGGUUUAUCUGUACUUAGGACCUUCAGACUGUUGAGGGUGCUGAAGCUUGUAAGGUUCAUGCCAGCUUUGCGAAGACAGCUGGUGGUCCUCAUGAAGACCAUGGACAAUGUGGCCACCUUCUGCAUGCUGCUCAUGCUCUUCAUCUUCAUCUUCAGUAUCCUGGGGAUGCACAUCUUUGGCUGUAAGUUCAGUCUCAGGACAGAGACCGGCGACACAGUACCAGACAGGAAGAACUUUGACUCCCUUCUCUGGGCCAUUGUCACUGUUUUCCAGGUAAUCAGCAUUUCACUGUUUGGAUAA